AUGACACCAUUGCGAAUUCUUUGUCUACAUGGUUAUCGACAAAACGGAACUAUGUUUCGAGAGAAAACGGGCUCGUUGAGAAAAUUAUUGAAAAAACACGUGGCAGAAUUCGUUUUUAUUGAUGCGCCGCAUAUUAUCCUUGCGCAAGACAAUACAAAUGAGCAAGAUUCGAAUGCGACUGCCACGAGUCGAUCAAAUGAGCGUGGUUGGUGGUUUUCAUCUUCGGAUCAAACCUACGAUCCAUUAGCUGUGACUUCCUGCGAUCUCGGUUUCAACGAAUCGUUAGAUUACGUUACGAAAUACAUCAAUGAACAACAAGUGCCAUUCGACGGUUUAUUAGCAUUUUCUCAAGGUGCUGCUUUUGCUGCACUACUUCUCUCUCGCUUUACUACCGGAACUUAUCCUUUUCGAUUUGUUAUCUUGGUUGCUAGCUUCAAAAGUGGCCAAGAGCAACAUCGAGCGAUGUAUGAGAACUUGCAAAUCGAUCUGCCGAAUUUACAUGUUAUCGGAAGUGAUGAUCGUGUCAUACCUUGUCACAUGUCGGAAGUGUUAGCGAAUGAAUAUUUCAAGAAUGCUGAAAUCUUACGACAUAAUGGCGGUCAUUUCAUACCGACAACUUCGGAAGCGAAAGCGUCCUAUACACAAUUUCUCGAUCGUUUUAUUUGA